UUCUUGCUUAGUUUUUUUCUCUCAUUAAAAUUCGAUUCCAUGAAUUGCUGCUCGGCACCACGCUCGGAUCCGGACCGAGAGCAGGAGCCGCAGCUGACGUGCGAUGGUCAGUGUGUCGGAGACGAAAGCUUCGCGGAACUCAACGAACUGCUGGACGAGGAAUUCGCUUGCAUGCGACGCGUGGCGCAGGGCAUUUGCCAGUCGCUGGCACGACCCAAGGACAGGGAAUGCUGCCGCACCAUGCUGCAGGAUUUGUCCAAGUUAAAUCAAUCCCAAUCGCCAGAGGUCAAGGGGAAUGUGCACAAGUUUCUGAUAUUCUACCUGAAAGCGUUGCGCUGGACGCAGAAGAAUCAGCCGCUGGAAUGGUACGAGAAGUGGUACGGCAACAGCUCCCAGGACAUGGGCGAGGAGCAGCGUGUCUGGAUGGAGGAGGGGCGCUCCUAUGCGGCCAUGAAGGAGUUUGAGGAUGGCUCCACGAUUGUGUACGUGGCCACAGGCAAAUAUCCCUGCGCCAACUGGACGGAGUCCGGUCUCAAGUCAUUGGCACAGCAAGAUGAUCGUUUAUAGAUUUGAUAUAUUUCGAUUUUAGGCACGAAAUUCGCGGUGUAAAACAUUCGAGCUUAGGGCUAAGGAUAUGGACAGAAUGUGGACGGAAUUUUGAUAGUUAUUCGUGGCUUAACAACUAAUAUAAAAGAGCAGUGAUAAAGGCACUAAA